UUUCAUUCGCGGCAAUCCAUGCUGAUUCAAUUAGUCGUUGUUCGAAAUGCGUUUGCUGUGGUUGCUCUUGACAGUGGUGGCUCUUGCGAGUGCCGGAGUCCUUCAGGACUCCACUAUGAAGCGUUACGAUAACUUUAAAGUGUACAAGCUGAAUAUUCAAAACAAAAUUCAGUUGGCAGCCAUUGAAAAGCUCGGAGAGCUAACCAAGAAGUACAAUGUCUGGAGGGACUACGACAGGAAUACCAAGCAGGUGGAUAUCAUGGUCAAUCCUGAGGAGAUGCCCUAUUUCCAACAGCUUUUGAAACUGAAUAACAUCACCAGUGAAGUGAUGGUCGAAAAUGUCCAAGCGCUUAUCGAUGAAGAGCAAGUCACCGCCACCGCCGAUAGCACCACCUUUGGCUGGACAAAGUAUUACGAGCUGGAGGAAAUCCAGGCCUGGCUGGAUGAAGUUCUCGCAAAUUAUCCCACCGUCACAGAGGAGUUCAUUGUUGGCCAGUCGUACGAGGGCCGCACUAUUCGCGGCAUCAAGAUUUCCCACAAAACGGGCAACCCGGGCAUUUUCAUCGAGUCCAACAUCCAUGCCAGGGAAUGGAUCACCUCCGCCUCUGCCACCUGGUUCAUUAAUGAGCUUUUGACCUCCGAGGAGCCCGAUGUGCGAAACCUAGCCGACAGCUAUGAUUGGUACAUUAUUCCUGUCUUUAAUGUCGAUGGUUUCGAGUACUCCCACAGAAAGGAUCGGAUGUGGCGCAAGACCCGCCAACCCCAUGCCACUAACGACUGUGUGGGCGCCGAUGCCAAUCGCAACUUCGACUCCCAUUGGCUGGAAUCUAAUGGAGCCUCAUCGAAUCCCUGCAGCGAAACCUUUGCCGGAGACCAACCUGGUUCGGAGCCGGAGGCCAAAGCCCUGACUGAAUUUUUGACCGCCAACCAGGACAAGUUCGAUGCCUACUUCUCCUUCCACUCCUAUGGACAGUACUUGCUGUCACCUUAUGGACAUACUGCCACGGAGUUCCCUGACAACUAUGAUGAUAUUCUGGCUAUGGGAAAGGCCUUUGCCGAUGCCAUUGAAGCUCUGCCUUAUGGAACUGCGUACCGAUAUGGAUCCACUGCAUUUGUUCUUUAUGUGGCUACUGGAACCUCUGUGGACUGGGUCUUCAACGAGCUGGACAAGAAAAUAGGAUUCACCAUCGAGUACCGCGAUACAGGACGCUAUGGUUUCAUCCUGCCCCCGGUUCAAAUUAUUCCCAACUGUGAGGAACUCUUGGUGGGCAUGUUGGCCCUGAUUGAACAGGCCAAGGCAUUGGGUUACUUGUAAGAACGUUUUUUAUUUGGCCAGAGAGUAGUUUACUCAGCUUGAUUAAAGUACCUCGUGUAGGAGGCCAGCAAAUCGUC